UGAUUAAAAUCAAUAUUCUUUUUAGCACAUAAAUAAGAAGCGAAAACAGGAGUUUUCUCACUGCGUUGGUGACACCUUAGGGUUUGGUUUAAAAUGUGGAAAAGUGUUUUGAUCGGUUUAACAGUUGUUGCGGUGUGUCACUGUCAGGGUGGAAAUAAUAGCGUGCACGUACAUAAGAAGCCCCAUUAUCAUGAUCCAUAUUACCAUCAUUUAUUAUAUGGCGGCGGAAUUUUGUACUAUUUUACUUUUCUCCUGAUAAAAAUUAAAGUGGCAAUUGUUCUUGGUACCAUUCUUACAAUAUUCUUAGUUGCUGGAAAAUUUUUCGCUCUGAUUAAAUAUGCCGACUACAUGAAUAAACCUCAUCAUGAACAUACCGACAAAAUUUAUAUGCCAUCACCUAGUCAUAGUCAUUCCCAUGAUGUCUUAGAUGCGCCAAGUUACUAUUCUCCACCUUAUGGUUCCGACACUAGACAUACGAUGACUGUCGAUGAAUUACCACCCAAUGCGGUCAUAGCGCCACAACAUUACAGUCCUACGAUGAACGGAUAUCGAAGAAGUUUUAGUGAUAAAUGGAAUAACUACUACGAUCUUUAUAUGGCAAUGUUGCGCAAGGUGAAUUUAACGGAAAUAGUUUUUAAAAAAAUGAAUUUAAAGUCGAUUGAAUGCAAGAAAAAAAUGGUUUGCAAGAUAGAAUACAACUUUAAUCGAUUUUCAGGACUUUCUACGUUUUCGUUUUUCAUAAGAGAUGAUGAUUAUGAUACAUAUCGACCGAAUGCUACAAUUAACAGUUCGACUGACUGCGAUCGACUAUAUCGACAGUGUCGCAAAGUGACAUAGCACUACAAAAGUUGUUAGAUAAAAAAAUAAUGUUCCUAUGUGUCACCAGUAACCUUAUAACAUAUGUAUUGUUAAUUUAUUUAUUAAUAAAUAGAUAAAGAUUUUU